GACGAGACCUGACGAGGAGCUCGAUCUUGAGGGUCCUGAAGCAUUCCAGGCCGCUCCCGCGUAACUGUCCUCGAUGAACGUGUCCAAGCGUUCCAACUCCCCCGCGUCAAUCUCCCCGAAAGUCAUAUCAUCGAAAGCGGCGUCUGGGGAGACCGGCUUUUGAGUAUGAGCGACUUCGAUAGCAUCGAUUUCAUGCAACGCCGCGUCGUCAAAUACUUCAUCCUCGAAAUAUCCGUCGGAACUCAUUGCCGCCGAGAGUGAGUUGGAGAAGCAGGUCUGCUGACACGUGACCGUUAUGUGUAAACAAGGUGGCCGUGCUCUGAGUAUUAGUCUGGACUCCGCCAUCUGCAGACACGGUGUUCAACUCUCCGAACUCGCACAUGUCGAAGGAAAGUAUAGCUCGGUGGAACGCAAUUCCAAUGGUUCCCGGAGAAUCCUUGAAGGUAUUUUUCUGCCGCGCGCACCCAUCUUGCUGCUUCUCUGUCAUCUCACUGCAGCGACCACGCUCAGAACUCGAAGAGGAUGACUCUGAUGGCAAUGUCUCGAUAGUCUCGAGAUCUCCAUCUCCCUCAUCAACGGGACCUGCCCAGGAUGACCCCUACAAAUACGACGAGUAUCUCGCGAAGGCCGCUGAGGAGGUCAUCACAGUGGAAACGAGGAUCAAACCGAGCAAUAAGGGCUUUGCUAUGCUGGCUAAACUAGGCUGGACGGAAGGCCAGCCUCUGGGUCUAUCAGAAGAUGGUCGUGUUGAUCCAGUACCAUUUCAAAUCAAACGAGACUUAACGGGGUUGGGCAAGUUUAAUCAAGACGUUCAGAUGAUAGAGACGACAGUCUCUCAACGACGCGGACUAGACUCGGAAAGGAUGAUCAAAGAAACCGAGGAACAGCGCAGAGCCCGUGAAGUAUAUCACCAUAUGCGGGCAUUGGACUACCCACUGAUCAUGUCGCAGGACUCGGUUGUUCGUCAGUCAACCCUCGACCACCAAUUGACUUCUGUCAUCAAAGCAUUCUACUGCGAUCUAUGCGAGAAACAGUUUAAGACAGUUGUUGCCUACACCGAACAUACGAACUCGUAUGCCCACCAUCACAAGGCCCGCUUCAAAGAGAUGCAAACCAACGCCCGCGGAACCGGCCUCGAGACCGACAAGCGCAAAGAGAAGGAACGCAAGCGGGAAGAGAAGGAAUUGCGGAAAAUAGCUGCUGCUAGUGGGAUGAAGAUUCCCAAAACUACUGGUGCCCCCACAGUCGCUGCCCCGGACGCCAACGCCAUGGAAGUAGACGGUGUUGCCUUGCCCGUCCCACCCGCUCCCAUCUCUAAACCCGGUUGGGCAGCUGUCUCUGGCGUUGCAUCUGGUUUCAAGCCAAUAGCAGCACAGCCUGAUGGAUCGUCCUCUGCCGGGAUUCCAAACGUUGGAUCUGUUCCCGAGCCUUGUGAACCAGUGGCACCACCUCCAACUGCGGCAUUGGCUACCCCAGCCGAACCGACAGGCAAAGCUCACGCGGCGCGCCAGGGCUGGCAGAACUUUCAGAAGAAACGGCGAUAG